AACUUCCUGCGCGAAGAAGUCAUUUUAACCUCACAUUUAGUAACAACAUAACCUCACAUUUUCCCCGAAGAAUAGAGAAGGGAGAGAAAGUUUUCUUGGGAGUCUUGAGAUGAAUUUCUUGAGGACAGUGUGUAAAUCCAUACGUGGUGGACAGAGAAAUGUCUCAACUACCUAUCCAGGAUGGGUAAACAGGAAGAAACUCCUGUUUAAAGCGGAAAAAUCAACGGAAGAAACUAUGGCGGAAUUCCUGGAAACCUACACACAACCAGAAGCUACCCAGUGGCGAAUGCUUCGUGCUCAAAUGGUCACCAGCACAAGACGUCUUACACCUGCCAAUGUUGAUGCAACAAUUCUGGGAUUUUGUAUUUCAACGAAAAAAUUACAAGCUGCUAAAUGUUUUGUGAAGUUCCUGGAAGAAGAUCCCGAGAUUCCAGGAGCAAAUUGUGCCACCCUCACGCGUUUGAUGCGUGUAUAUCAUGCUGUUGCAUGUGAGAGAGCUCUCUCAGCAGAGGAGGAGGAUGAAAUUGUAGCUCUGUUUGAGAAAUUGAAGAGCAAAUUCCCUGUUUUCGAUGUAAAUACCGCCGAAGGAGUCAUUGCUGGACUCUCAAUAACUUCCCGUUGGCGUGAAUGUCUGGAGUUGCUGCAAAAUAAUUCUUUUAUGUGCACACCAACAAUUGCCGCCUACACGUACACCAUUUCAGCGGCAUUCCGCAAUGGGGAGAAGGAUAUUGCUCUCCGGGUGAUUGCAAAGAGUCUUCGAGAUUCCCGGAUUCCCCGAUGUUCAGCCUUGACUGCUUGGAUUGACUUCUGUAGCAGAGUGGAUGGAGAGUCAAUUGAGGAAUUUCUACAAUUUCUAUCCUUCAAUGAUCUUCAGAUAAGUACAGAAGUUAUUGAAAAAAUAGAGGCUCAUCUGGAUGGGAAAGGAAUCCCUUCGUGGAGAAGUUCCAUUGAUGACAAUGGAGUUUGUUCCAUUUGUCACACACACCUGAAGCCUGUUCAGGUGUCAGAUGAGGAAUUUCGGCGACUUCAGGAGGGAUUUCUCAAAGAUGUCUUAAUACGGGAUGAUGUUUUCUUGAAAUCAAAUCCAAAGGAAGUUGCAGCAUUCCAGAAAUUCCUUUCGCAGCAUCAGCCCUUCGAUUGCAUUGUCGAUGGACUCAAUGUGGCCCUCUCAAAGGGUACAGGACGCUCAACGGAAAUCCAGGCGAGGAAUUUAAUCAACGUUGUGAGACACUUUUCCCGGAAGGGGCAGAAAGUUCUCGUUUUGGGGCGCGAACACAUGAGUAGGUGGCCCAAAGAACAGCUAAAUGUCCUCAAGGGGCAGGCAAAGGUGUUUCUCACGGAUAAUCUCUCCCACGAUGAUCCUUUCCUCCUAUUUGCUGCCCUCUCAAGUGGAAAGCACUGCUGCAUCGUGUCCAGAGAUCUCAUGAGGACGCAUGCUUUUCUCCUUGGCUCUGAUGAACUCCGAAAUACCUUCAGGAAGUGGCAACAUACCCACCAAUACCGUUUGGACUACUCUCCUGGCACGAAAGUUAUCUUCCAGACACCCCCAACGUUCUCCGUGGCAGCUCAUGAGGUCAACAAUCACUGGCACGUGCCAUUUCACAGUGACUACUCGCCCCAUCAGCUGGAUUUAUUUGAAAUCCCCCAACAAUGGCUCUGUUUUAGUCUCUCCGGAAAUUCAUAGCUCCCCCAAAAGAAUUAAUAAAAUUCAUUUUUAGAAUAAAAAA